CAGGUCCGCACGGCCGUGUACGGCGCCGAGUACCAGCCGUCGCAGGUGCGCCGCAAGCGCAAGCACGGGUUCCUCGUCCGCAAGAAGUCCAAGACGGGCCGCAGGACGCUCGCGAGGCGGUGGGCAAAGGGGCGCAAGUUCCUCAGUCACUGA